UAAAACGAAGCCUGGUCGGUGGGUGGAGCUUGGUGGGGCGGGGUUGAGUCUGGUCCCACCCCUGAGGAGUGAUGCGAGUCCCGUCCCGAGAAUAUGGGGCCGGAAGUACUGUAGAAGUUGUUUUUCUCUAUCGAAGGCUAACCAGCCCUUCCCACCUUAGGCGGGAGUGUGGUGUAAGCACAUUAAUAACCGAUUCCCCAAACACUGCGGAUUAAGUCCUCGAAGUGCAGAAGAGGAAACUGAGGCUCAGGGAUAACAAGGGGCUGGUCCAAGACCCCGGCGUCCACCUCCUGAGCCUCUGUGGCCCCCAGGCAGCUGGCCAGACCCAGAUACCUGCUGCUGCACUCUGAACCCAACUUGGUUCACACUGUGGGGCACGCUAAAUUAAUAUUUUUUGAUGUUACUUAUUUGUCAGAGAGAGCCCGAGAGAGCACAAGCAGGGAAAGCUGCAGGCGGAGAGAGAAGCAGGCUCCCCGCUGAGCAAGGAGCCCUAUGUAGGACUUGAUCCCAGGACCCUGAGAUCAUGACCUGAGCCAAAGGCAGACACUUAACUGACUGAACCACCCAGGCGUCCCUGGAAUCCUGAAUUGUUUUACAAGCCGAUAACCUCAAAACUGGAGGGGGCCUGGCCUCUGUACCUCGGCCCGUGGUAGCUUGGGUCUGGGGCACCAUGGCCCAGGCCCUGGGGGAGGACCUGGUGCAAACGUUAGAGCAGCAGGACGACUCCAGCUCUCUGGGGUCCGACUCAGAGCUGAGUGGGCCCGGCCCAUAUCGCCAGGCUGACCGCUAUGGCUUCAUUGGGGGCAGCUCAGCAGAGCCAGGGCCAGGUUACCCUCCUGCAGACCUUAUCCGCCAGCGGGAGAUGAAGUGGGUAGAGAUGACUUCGCACUGGGAGAAAACCAUGUCUCGGCGGUACAAGAAGGUAAAGAUGCAGUGUCGGAAAGGCAUCCCCUCGGCCCUGAGGCCCCGGUGCUGGCCCCUGUUGUGCGGGGCCCACGUGUGUCAGAACAAGAACCCUUGUACCUAUGAGCAACUGGCCAAGGCCCCUGGAGACCCACAGUGGAUGGAGACCAUCAGCAGGGACCUGCACCGUCAGUUCCCUCUACACGAGAUGUUUGUGUCACCUCAGGGUCACGGGCAGCAGGGGCUCCUGCAGGUACUCAAGGCCUACACGCUGCAUCGGCCCGAGCAGGGCUACUGUCAGGCCCAAGGCCCUGUGGCAGCCGUGUUACUCAUGCAUCUGCCCCCGGAGGAGGCCUUCUGGUGCCUGGUACAGAUCUGCGAGGUCUACCUCCCCGGCUACUACGGGCCCCACAUGGAGGCCGUGCAGCUGGACGCCGAGGUAUUCAUGGCCCUGCUUCGACGGCUGCUCCCGCGCGUGCACAAGCACCUGCAGCAGGUGGGCGUCGGGCCUCUGCUCUACCUGCCCGAGUGGUUCCUGUGCCUCUUUGCCCGCUCCCUGCCCUUCCCCACCGUGCUGCGCGUCUGGGACGCCUUCUUCAGCGAGGGUGUGAAGGUGCUGUUCCGCGUGGGGCUGACGCUGGUGCGCCUGGCACUAGGCACCACUGAGCAGCGCCUGGCCUGCCCCGGGCUCCUGGAGACCCUUGGUGCCCUACGAGCCAUCCCCCCCACCCAGCUGCAGGAGGAGGUCUUCAUGUCCCAGGUGCACAGCGUGGCGCUGUCUGAGCAGGACCUGCAGCGGGAGAUCAAGGUCCAGCUGGCCGGGCUGCCUGAGUCGACGUCCGGGCCACCCCCCAGGCCUCAGGCCCGCCUGCCUGGGGCCCAAGCCAUCUUUGAGGCCCAGCAGCUGGCAGGGGUGCAGGGAGGCACCAGGCCCGAGGUGCCCCAGAUAGUGGUGCAGCCCCCAGAGGAGCCCAGGCCGCCGCGACGCAAGCCCCAGACCCGAGGCAAGACUUUCCACGGGCUCCUGACUCGGUCCAGGGGCCCCCCUCUCGAGGGCCCCCCCAGGUCUCAUCGAGGCUCCGCCUCCUUCCUGGAUACCCGGUUCUGAAGGUUCGACUUCUGAGGGCAUCAUGGACUCAGUGUCCCCUAACCCCAACUGCCCGAUCGACUGAUGGCCGCCUCAUAAAUGGGCACUGCACUUUACGGCUGGGAUCUGGCGGCUCAGCUCCCUGCCCAGGGACUGUCGGACCCGAGGAUGAAGGAAGAUCACCGAGUGCGGUUUCAGGGGCCCCGGCCUGCCAUCCUCCCACGGAGCCGUCCUGGUGCCCGGGCCCUUGCAAGCGUGGAAGCUGGUGCUGAAGAGGUGUGGGGUCAAGGGCACCUGGCUGGGCCAGCGGACCCCGGAGCGCUCCUGGGGAGGCCUCGAAUAAAGUCGGACUGAGCAGAAGCCUGAUGGAUUUGGACUGAACGCUCUCCACCCCCAACUCUAGACCUCACCCCCUCCCAGCCCUGCGGGUCCGGCCGGCCCGGGUUCCCACGGGAUGCACCGCGGCUGCCCAUUGGCUGCUGAAAGCUGUUUACCCGCAGCAGGAGCCAAUGGCGAGCCGCCUCGCGCAGCCUCUUGGGGGCAGGUAAGGCUCUGGCGCUUGUGGGAGGAAGGCUCCCCAAGUGGAUGCUGGGCCCAGAAGUGGGGCUCUAGCCCCUGUUCUUCCCCUCCUCCCAGGUUGGUUCAGGCCUCCCAAGGGCGGGGGCACUCUAACCCAAGUCUGCCCCCCACCCAUGGUGCUGCUCCCGUCCUCAGAGACAGCCAGGCGAGAACAAAAGCCUACUGUGCCGGGACAAAGGAGAAAGGUCCCACAGGCCCUUGCCCACUCCCAAAGCCUUGGUCGUACCCCCUCGGGACUGCCACCAUGGAAACUCCCUCCCACACUUGAUAAUUGCCCCUGUGGGUGCCUGGGGUGCCUGAGACAUGAGCCAUCACCAGGACAACGGGGCUGGCUCCGAUGCCGGCUUGUGUCCCUACAGUGCCCCUUCCCGGGUGCCUUGCCUCCCUGGGGGCCCUGCCCUGCAGGCGGGAGGGUGGCAGGGCAUGGUAGGACUCUGGAGUACUGGGAGAAAGCAUCUGGACUCCCACUUCCACCGUGGAUUUUUCAACCUUGCUCGUCCCAGUGGCUGUGCUGGAACACUGGCCUGGCCAUUGGUCAGACCCCUGAUUUGGAAUGUUCUGGUGAAAGCACCACAGGUUGUGGGGGUACACUCACUCUUAACAUAUGUUCAUCUGGUGCUUAGUAUGUGCCUGGCCAGGGCCCGGCUCUGGGGCAGACCAUCCCGUACCCAAGGAGCCUACCACCUGGAGGAGGGAACACGGAGGUCUAGACCCAAGUCUGCGGAGUUUCCUGGGGGAAAUUGAGGCUCAGGAGGGGAGGGGAUUUAGCCAAGAUCUCGCUGCCCAUGGCAGACCCCAGGUUUACCCCUGCCUCCACAUCAGCAGCCAUGAAGCUGCCCCCUACAACUGGGCGCCCACUCAGGUCUGUCCUCCUGAGGGUGCUCUCUCUCCUGCUCCCACCCACUCCCCCGGCCCUGCCCCAGCCUGAGUCCCAGCCCCUCGGAGUGUGGGGCAGCAGCUGGGCCCCCUGGCCUUAAAGAGAGCUUCCAGGGCCCUCCCUCCCUCCUCCCUGCCCCACUAAGGUACCUGUAGCUUAACGAUAACCCACUCACCUGCACUUCCCAGAACUCUUUCUCAGAUCCCCUCCCCCUCUGCAGGCAGCACAGAUCGCCUCACUAGAGAAAGGGGAAAUGGAGUGCCCAGCCCAAGAUCACCAUUAAGGGCAGAGCCCCUAGAGUUCAGGGCUCUGUGCCUUCUGGAUAACACCUUAGCCUUAGGGCAUCGAAUGCAGUCUCAGGCUCUGUAGCAGGUACGGUGGGGGGACCUACCCUUGGGGUCUGCUCCUAGACUCCCUGCCCUCCAAGGGCUCAGUUCUUCUGCUCGGAGGGUGGGGAAGCAGGAAAGCAGCAGCCUCGGCCCUGGGCCCCGGAAUCUGUCGUGAGGCUGGGAGGGGGGCCAUGGUGACAGUGGGUCCCACUGGUUAUAGACCUUAGGGGCAAAUGGUCUCCGGCAGGACUCCUCCAGCUAGGGCUGAAUCAAUGCCUUUUCAGCUCAGGGAAGCAUUUUCUGGGCAGGUGCCAUUAUCAAACAUCUACAUGGGGAGCCUGAGCUGGGUAGGGUGUGGGGGUGUCAGACCAGGAGAGAACUAGCACCCUCCUCAUGUGAACACUUCUGCACACAUUAUCUUCACAAGACCAUGCUAGCUCCUACAGCACCCGUGUGCUAGUUGGGAAAAGACACCUCUCCUCCAGGCACAUGCAGCCCUGUGUGGCAAAGGGGAAGUGACCACUCAGCUGGGUACCUUUGUGCAGUGAGCAAUCUGAACAACCAUAGUCAGUAAACCUGGCAGCCCCCGCUCCCAACAAACCUGCUUGGAAGGCGGCUCAGGGAAGGCAAACCAUGUAUCUGAUGGCACUCAGCCUGCAGGCACUGAAGCUGGGAUGGCACCCAGAGAUGUCUGUUGGCCUGGGUCAGCCCCAGGGACAGGAGUGGGGGCCAAGCAAAAAAGUGGAAGGACAGGGGCCCCUGGCUGGCUCAAUUGGAAGAGCAUGCAACUCUUGAUCUUGGGGUCGUUGAGUUUGAGUCCCAUGUUGGGUGUAGAGAUUACUUAAAAAUAAAUAAAUACACGUUUUUAAAAAGCAGAAGGGCAGAUGGAUCCCCACCUUGGUCGUGGGGAGGGCCCAUGGUCUCCAUCUUGCACUGCCACCCACCCCUGAGGUUCCCCAUCCCCACGCUGUCCAGAAGCCAGACUCAGACUCCCUGCAAAGUCCCUGCAUAGGAAUUGUCCUCUUGCACUCUGAGCUUGAUUUUCUCCUACAGAUAACGAGAUAAAAGUUCCCACCCCAGCCCCAAGAUCGCUCUAUCAGUCACAGUAUUAUGAGGAUGAUUGUUCAGUUGAUCCGGGCCACAGCUGACACGCUGCCUCUCCUCACCCCACCACUAGCUGGCUAGAGACAGAGCAGAAGCGCUCUGCCAGACCGCUUGCCCCAAGUCCCAGACCUUACCUUUCCUCCUUGCAAGCACAAGGCAAACGCCACAAGAGCUGGUGCCCGGCCAAGGCCCUCUGGGAGUGGGCACAGAACCACACUGCUCUCCGUACAUGUGUGCACACGCUCUGGCAGAUGGAAGACCCCAGCUCUGCCUCUCACCAGCAGUGUGCUCAAGACCUGAGCCGAGAUCAAGAGCCGGACACAUGGGGCGCCUGGCUGGCUCAGUCGGUUGAAUGUCUGACCCUUGAUUUUAGCUCAGGUCCUGAUCUCAGGGGCAUGGGAUCGAGGCCUGCAUCUGGCUCCUGCUCAGCACAGAGUCUGCUUGAGAUUCUCUCUCUCCCUCCCCGCGCUUGUGUACUCUCUCUCUCUCUCAAAUAAAUUAAAAAUAUAUAUAUUUAUUUGAGAGAGAGAGACACAGCGAGAGAGGGAACACAAACAGAGAGAGGACGCUGAGCAGGGAGCCCGAUGCAGGGCUCGAUCCUAGGACCCCUGGGUUCAUGGCCUGAGCUGAAGGCAGAUGCCUAACAACUGAGCCACCCAGGUGCCCCCAAAUAAAAUCUUAAAAAAAAAAAAAGAGUCGGACUCUUAACCCACUGAGCCACCCAGGUGCCCCCAGAAAUGGAAUCUUAAACCAGGAUCAGGACUCAAUUAUCAGCACUAGUUAGGUCGUCUGAUAGACCUCUGCCAUCCCCUAAAGGAAAGCGACCUUGCAGAACCCAAUCCGCUGUUUUGCCCAGUACAACUUCCUUGUCUUUGCUCCCUUCUGCCUAUAAGUCUUUCAUUCUGCACAGCUCCUAUGAAUCGUUGAAUAAAGCCAAUCAAAU